AAAAAAGAUAAAAAUUUACGUGUUAAUCAUGCAAGGUUAAAACAAAGAUUUAGACUCUUGGAACAACAAGUUAAUCAACCAUUAGCAAACAUGGCUACAAUAGAACAUGUAAUGUUAGCAUUAGCACCACUUGUUGCUCAAAUCCCACAGUAUACUGGUCAGGAACCACCAGAUGCUUAUAUCGAUAAAAUGGAACAACUAUUCUCAUAUGGAACUGCAUUAAAUGUUGUUGGUUUCAAUGCAGCUGUAAAAACAGAUAUUUUGAAAUCGAAAAUGUCUGGGAACCAUGGUAAUGUUCAAACUCAGAUUAUGCCGGUCAUUCAACCUAAUCAGAUUAUGCCUCUUCCAGAACCUGUUAUUCAACCAGCUAUGCCUCUUCCACAACCGACCUAUUAUAAAGUCGAUCCUAAAGCUUACAUUGAGGAAACAUAUGGUCCAGGUACAUGGGCUUUAGAUAAAAGGGGAUUAGAUACAUAUAACACAACUAGAGAUAUUAUAAAUCGUGGUAAAGAUAUUUUGAAUCAAAAUCAGAGUAACAUUGGGGGCAUAGAAUCAUUAAUAGAUCGCAUAGUACAAAGAAAAGUUGAUCUAGAAUCUAAUCCAAAAAUUAGAAAAUAUAGAGAUAUGAUAGACUAUGCGCAAAAAGGUAUUGAUAUAGAAGAAAAUCGCCCUGAUGAUCUAAUGGAUAUAGACUAUACUCUUAUUAAUCUUGCUAGAGAACUUCAAGGUGGUAUGUCAAAAAAAAUUAUAAAUCGCGUUUCUAGCAAAAAGAAGUCUAAUCCUGCAAUGAAGCGUAAACCUAAAAAGAAGAUUGUAACUUGGGACAUCUAUGAAGCUGAUAUGAAAGAGCUUAAGAAAGUACUAGAAUAUCUUGUUACAAUAGCAAAAAAUCCAUCUCGUGAAAAUACUUCUUUGAAUGAACAACAGCCUGAUGAAAACACUUCUAAUAUUCAACCAGCUAUUGAAAAUGUUAGUGAACCUAUGGUAUUUAAUAUUCUUCGGAAACCAGCUAGCGAUGUAGUAACUAUAAAAUGUCGAAUCAAUAAAUUAAGCAUCCCUAGUGCUGUCCUUGAUAGUGGUGCGAAUUGUUCUAUAAUGUCAUUAAAUAUCGCCAAAAAAUUGGGACUUGAUAUAGACACAACUAGACCUACUUCUCUUGAAGGUGUUGCUACUGAAUCAGAUACAAUUGGAUGGGUAUACAAUAUUCCUGUAAGCAUUGGAUUCUUUACUUUAUUAAAUGAUUUUAUUGUUGUCGAUGAUAAUAAACCUGCACUACUUCUUG